AUGAGCCUGUUUAAACAUUUUCUACUGAGAUAGCAUCAGCAGCACGGUUUCAGAGAGGAGGAGGUCACCAUGAUCUCCACAGCUCUCCGCUGGCUCGUUCUGCUGUCUUUCAUCAUCCUGACCAUCGGUGGGAACGUGCUGGUAUGUUUGGCCGUGGGGCUAAGUCGUCGGCUGUGGCGCAUCUCGAACUGUUUCGUGGUGUCCCUGGCAGUGACAGAUCUCCUGCUGGGCCUGCUCGUGCUGCCCUUAUCUGCCACCGUGGAGCUGCGUGGAAAAUGGCCCCUCGGAGGAGCCCUGUGUAACAUCUACAUCUCACUGGAUGUCAUGCUGUGUACAGCCUCCAUCCUGACCCUGCUGGCCAUCAGUGUGGACCGAUACCUCGCCAUUUCAGCUCCCCUUAGCUACUCCCGGAGAGUUACCCCUCUAAGGGUGACACUGGCCUUGAUCACCAUCUGGGCCUUGUCACUUGCUGUGUCCUUUGUGCCCAUCCACCUGGGUUGGAAUACAGCAGACUACAGAGUGCAGCACUUGGACUGGGGCAUGGGGGAGGAGGACGAGGAGGAACACUACUGCCAGUUUGAAUGGAAUAACCACUAUGUGCUCAUUUAUACCUUUGGCUCCUUCUACCUGCCUCUGCUGCUUAUGUCUGGAAUGUAUCUUUGCAUAUUCAGAGUGGCACGAGAACAGGUGCGGCGUAUUCGUGCUGCCACUCCAUCAUUUGCACGCACAGCAUCAACUGCAGCCAUAGCGCGGGAGCACAAAGCUACAGUGACCCUGGCAGCUGUUCUGGGGGCCUUUGUCAUCUGCUGGUUCCCCUACUUCACUACUUUCACCUGCAUCGGCAUAAAGGAAAAGACAAACCCCCCUAAUACACUUAACUCUGUGGUCCUGUGGCUGGGCUAUUUUAACUCUGCUCUUAACCCCAUCCUGUAUCCAGCCUUCAACAGAGAUUUCCGCAGGUCCUAUGGAGAGCUGCUUCGCUGCAGAGGACAGUCUUGCAGAAAAUUGCAGCAUACUCACUUGUGUCUGCAUAAACGAUUGACCUUUACUAACGGACAAAGGGUUUCCCAACAGUCUAAGAAACAUAUAGACACUGUUAAUACAGAAACUGAGGGGAAGAGCUUCACUCUGCAUAAUAUCCCUGAUGAGCCAAGGUGAAAUGCCACGGACCCGUCUUUCUCCUGCUGGACUGUACACUGACAGCUAAAUGUUGUAAAUUACAAACUUGCUCCACUACUCACAGUACCAGAUGAGCUAACCAUUACAGUAUCACUUUGAUGUUUAGUGUAGUGUGCCAAAGACACAUGAAUGUACGCAGCUGUUUUCAAUGCAAACGUAGUUGCUGAAGCUAAUCCAGUAUCCAUGUGCUCAAUAAAAAUGUGCCCAAUAUUUCUUGAUUACAUCA